UCAGCUGUUAGGUUGCAGAUUGUGAGUGAAAAUGCAAGCGAAUUAAUUAAUCGUUUUAAGUUAAAAUAAGGAAUUAAAAACUCAGACACCAUGCCUAUCAUGUAUAAUACCGGCGAGUGGUUCAAGGUGCGACCGGACUACUACAGAAAAGUGGAACUGGCUACACCGGAUUGGCCACUGGAUCUGGACUUGGAGUACAUGUUGGUGGAAGCGGCUCCUUAUGGAGGUCCACUGGCGACCACACGGGACCCCACCAAAUUGGUGCCGGUCAAGGGAAAUGCUAGACCAAUGAUCCGCAUCUUCGAUACCUCGGGCAAGGAAACGGGUCAUCUAUUGUGGAACCACGGCAAAUUGAUUGCCAUGGGCUGGUCGGACACGGAGGAGCUCAUCUGCAUCCAGGAGAAUGCCACAGUCUUUGUGUUCGACAUGUUUGGUCGCGAAAAGGAGUCGUACAGCAUCGGCGACGAGGCCAGUGUCACCAAAAUUGUGGAGGCCAAGGUGUUUCAGUCCUCCGCUGGCACCGGAGUGGCCGUGAUGACCACAUCCGGCCGAAUAUUCCUCAAACAAAACAGCAGUAAGACUGAAAGGAAGCUGCCGGAUAUUCCAAAUUCCAGCAUCAACUGCUCAUGCUGGGAGAUUGUAACCGAGGGACGCAAUAGCUACUGUCUUCUGGGAAGGGAUCGAGAGGUUAUCAAACUGUUUCCAGGCGAAACAGUGGGCACCAUUACCGCUAAUCUUUUCGAGAAACCGCACGAUAGGAUCAUAAAAAUCUCUGUGUCCUACAACCAUCAGCACUUGGCUCUGUAUACCAACACUGGUCUUCUUUGGCUGGGCAGCGUGGACAUGCGACAGAAGUACUGCGAAUUCGACACAGGCCGCAAAGAUAUGCCCCUUCAAAUGGAGUGGAUCAUGAAUGCAGACAACAGCGAGGCCGAUGCAGUGGUCAUCUCCUAUCCAUCCUACCUAUUAAUAGUAAAUCGCAAUGCUGAUCGCAGCGAUUUUCCCUAUGAUCCUGUCAUGUUCCUGGUAGCUGAGAUGGAUGGCGUGCGCAUCAUCACCCAGAAUUCGCAUGAAAUGAUUCAACGCCUGCCAAAGUGCGUAGAGAAUAUCUUUGCGGUGAACAGCCAAGAACCAGCUAGCUAUCUGUUCGAGGCCCAGAAGAAGUUCGAGGAGAAAUCCUACAAGUCGGACGAAUAUCUCAGCAUGUGUCGUGAAAAAUUGGACUUGGCCGUAACCGAAUGCAUUGAGGCGGCGUCCUUUGAGUUUUGCCCGGAGACCCAGAAGAGUCUGCUUAGGACGGCAAACUUUGGCAAAGGUUUUAUACGUGGCCACAAUCCGGACGAAUACAUACGAAUCAUGCGAAUUUUGAGGGUACUCAACACACUGCGACAUGAGAGGAUUGCCAUGCCGCUCACCUUCAAACAGUUCUCACAUCUUAAUCCCGAAGUAAUACUCAGCCGUUUGGUAUUCCGAAAGCACUAUGCCAUCGCAAUCCAAGUGGCAAAGCACUUAAACCUCCCCGAAUCCUGGAUCCUGGAACAUUGGGCCUACCAUAAAGUGAUCAAUGAUCCCAAUGACGUAGAAGUGGCGCGGAAGAUUACCGAAAAAUUCAAGAAUCCGUCGGUCGAGGGCAUUUCCUUUUGCAAUAUAGCGGCAAAGGCGCAUCAGGCUGGACGGGAUGAUCUGGCCAUAAAGCUGCUGGAACUGGAGCCACGCGCUUCGCUCCACGUACCGCUGUUGCUGAAGAUGCGCAAGUUUGAUCGGGCAGUGGGCAGUGCCACGCAGUCGGGCGAUACGGAGUUGAUCACCCAAGUUCUUUUGGAGAUGAAGAUGCACAUGAUGCUGUCUAAUUUACAUAUGACCAUAAGGGAUCAUCCGCUGGCGCUAAACAUGUACAAGAAGAUCAUGCGCGAUUCAAACCGAGCCGGUCUCUACGGUAUUUACAACACUGAGGACGAUCAAAAGGCCAUUGCCGAGUAUCACUUCGAGAACGCCAUUGAAACCGAAGGACUGGAGUCUAAUCUGUCGAUGAUUGGGAAUGCUUAUGCCCAGGGACGUUGCACGUUGGAGGCGGAGCUGUGUGCGGAUACCAGUCGAUUACUCAAGCUUCAGAAGACCCUUAGCACCAAAUACAAUGUUAGCUUAAAUGGAUUAUCAAUACAUGACACCGUCCUGGAAUUGCUACAGCUCGGCGAGUUGAAGGAGGCAGAGCGGAUCCGGAACGAUUUUAAGGUGCCCGAGCGGCGCUUCUGGUGGCUACGAGUCCUGAUACUUUCAAAACAGCACAAGUGGGAGGAGCUGGAGAAGCUGGCCAAAACUAAAAAGAGUCCUAUUGGGUACGAUCCUUUUGUCGAGGUAUGUUUACAACAGAACAACGCAAGCGAGGCGCGAAAGUACAUCCCAAGAUGUCGCGACAACCGCAAGGGGAUUUGGUAUUUAAGGGCAAACUUGUUUAACGAAGCCAUAGAUUCCGCAUUCGAGCAGCGGGAUGUGCACAGUCUCUAUGAACUGCAAAAGAAUCAGGCAAUCGUCGACAAUGGCACACUGCUCGGCAAAGUUUGCAAUUAUAUUGCCGCGCUGGAAGGAAAGUAGAAGCAACAUUCCUAACUAUUAACAAACAAAUUGCAAUAAUCGCAAAUAACUGUAUUUAUUAAUGUCUAUGCGAACAAUUGUGAGUAUUGUUUAUUCGAAAAGAUAAGUCAACAUUUUUUUGUUUAAUGCCAAAUAAAUAAAGUUUAAUUGUCAGACUUUA